AUGACUCAACAUGAAGCAGCAAAGACUUCAAGAGGCAAGAAGAUUUUUGUUCAGAAGUGUGCCCAGUGCCACACUGUGGAAAAGGCAGGCAAGCAUAAGACUGGGCCCGAUCUCCAUGGUCUUUCUGGGCAGAAGACAGGUCAGGCCGCUGGAUUCUCCUACACAGAUGCCAACAAGAAUAAAGGUAUUACUUGGGGAGAGAAUACCCUGGAGUAUUUGUAGAAUCCCAAAAGCAUCCCUGGAACUAAAAUGAUCUUCAAUGGAAUUAAGAAAGGAGAAAGGGCAGACCUAAUAGCUUAUCUUAAGAAGGUUACCAAUGAGUAAUUCCACUGCCUUAUUUAUUACAAAACAAAUGU